AUGCAAGAUGGAUGGAAUCUAGAAGAAUUGGAUCCACUUUGGCAGUUGAGGAGGCUUCGUAUGAUCAAACUGGAAAGAGCAGUUCCUCCUACUAAAGAUUCACUGCUAGCAAACAAAAAACAUCUCAGAGAAUUAGGGCUACGUUGCACUGAACACACACAUGAGCCAUAUUCUGAAGAUGCUGUAAUCAAUAUUGAGAAAACUUUUGAUUUGCUAAUCCCUGCACACAACCUGGAGCAUCUCUUUUUUGUGAAUUUCUUUGGCCGGAGGUUUCCCACCUGGCUAGACACUGCUGCCCAUUUGCCUUCACUGACAUAUUUGACCCUCCUUGAUUGCAAAUCAUGUUUGCAUCUUCCACCAAUCGGUCAGCUCCCCAACUUGAAAUAUCUACAAAUCAAGGGAGCCACUGCAGUCACCAAGAUUGGACCCGAAUUUGUUGGCUAUGGGGUGGGUAAUCUCAGAUCUCCAGAGGCAGUAGCUUUCCCCAAGCUUGAAAUAUUGAUCAUUUGGGAUAUGCCCAACUGGGAGGAGUGGUCCUUUGUUGCUGAAGAAGAAGAACAAGAAGCAACACCAGCAGGUAAGGAAACGGUAGAGGAUGAGGCUGCUGCAAAUCAAAAGGAGGACGCCCCACCUCCAAGGACGCAGCUGCUGCCACGACUGAAGAAUGUGGAGCUUAUCCGCUGCCCCAAGCUGAGAGCUCUCCCACAGCAGCUUGGACAGCAGGCCACCAGCUUGAAGGAGCUCCGAUUAAGCCAUGUGCACAGCCUUAAUGUGGUGGAGAACCUCGGUUUCCUCUCAGAGGUCCUUUUAAUCGCCGAUUGUGAAGGCCUAGAGAGGGUCUCAAAUCUUCCCCAGGAAGGAGAAGAUGCCUGCCUGCCCACCCGCCUCGUCAAGUGGCGGAAUGUUUCAAUCGUCGCCUGCCCUGUGAAGGGCCCGAAAAAAGAGGCAACAAGAGUUACUCCAUGCGUGUCCAAAAGAAAAGCCAUCCACCAGACCACCACUGCCUUGCUCCUCAGCAAGCCCGCAGCCCCUGCAGUGGAGGAGACCUUGACCGACGGUGGCCACAGAGUCAAGUCUCCGGCCGGCCGUCACCCACCGGUGGAACAGAGCGCGAGGUACUAA